AAUGACCAGAAGAGCUGAUUAACUGCUCCUGUCCGAGAGCAGCUGUUGUUUGCUGACCUUUUAGGCAACAGAAGGUUAUAAAGUAAAAAGAGCAUUUAAAGGAAUACUUCACAAAAAUAAUUAUUUACUCACCCUCAUGUUGUUCCAAACUUGUGUGCCGUUAUGUUUUCUGUGGAACCAAAAUGUACAUUUAGAAACAUGUACACUCAUUUUUUGCUAUUUACAAUUACAGUUUAAAGUCUGUCAAGCUCCAGCCACAAAAAAAAAAAAAAAAUGAUAUCAAGAAAGUGCAUAAAUAAUGACACAUUUUCAUUUUUGGCUGAACUCCCACAUAGUAACCACAACAUGAAUGAGUCACAGAACUAUAAACUUACUAAUCGUACAAAUGACACCAUGUGCAAAAUAAAGGUAAUGACACGCACCUUUACAAUGAUUUAAAACUCUUAGACACCUGUUGAAUUCCUACUGACGCGUCACUCCUUCCAUCCUUUAGUCAUACAGCACCAAACACCCCUGACCUCUGAGUGUGUCCAAGGUUCACAGUUGUCUUUUUCAGUCUUUGACAGCUGCCUGAUGCGACACUGGGCUCCCGUUUGGUCAGCCUGAAUUCUUUCUGACUGUAUGAGGGGUCUAUAUUUAGAGGGGCGGACUUAAAUUGCAGGGGGUUUGUGUUGGAGCUCUGUGUUAUUUCAGCCUCUUUCAACUGAGACGGCAAGACAAGAGGAAGUACAGCAUCCUCUUCGAGACCUGCAAGAUUUGAGAUGGAACCCAUGAGUAUCAAGGAGGACCUGAGGCUCUUUCAGAGCACCCUGCUCCAGGACGGUUUGAAGGAACUUCUGAAGGAGAACAAGUUUGUGGAUUGUACUCUGAAGGUUGGAGAUCGGAGUCUGCCCUGCCACAGACUCAUCAUGGCUGCGUGCAGCCCGUAUUUCCGAGAGCUGUACUUCACUGAAGACGGUGUUGAGAAGAUAGACUCCAGCAGGGAAGUAGUGCUGGAGAACGUGGAUCCCACCAUUAUGGACAUGAUUGUGAACUAUCUCUAUUCGGCAGACAUCGAAAUCACAGAUGAGAACGUGCAAGACGUCUUCGCAGUCGCCAACAGAUUCCAAAUCCCAUCCGUGUUCACCGUUUGCGUCAACUAUCUACAAAACAAGCUUUCGUUGGCUAACUGCUUGGCCAUCUUCAGAAUGGGACUGGUUUUGAACUGCCCUAGACUUGCUAUAGCUGCUAGGGACUUUAUAGCGGAGCGUUUUGAGACUUUAUCCAAGGAUGAGGACUUUCUUAACUUCAACGCUCCCGAGUUGUUCGCCAUCAUCGGGUGCGAUGCCCUGAACGUGGAAAAAGAAGAGGUCGUGUUCGAGCUCUUGAUGAAAUGGGUCCGGAAGAACAAGGAGAACCGGACCAAAGCUUUGGGAGACGCUUUCGAUCACAUCCGUUUCCGAUUACUACCUGAGAAAUACUUCAAGGAGAAGGUGGAAAAGGAUGACAUCAUCAAGGCCGACCCCGAGCUCGCCAAGAAGCUGAAGGUCAUCAAAGAGGCGUUUGCUGGAAAACUUCCACAAAAUAAGGAGGGCGAGAAAGGCGAAGGAGAAGAGGGGGAAAGUGUCUUCCCUGGUUAUCUCAAUAACACCAAACGGCUGGGGAUGUUCACCAGGGAUCUCAUCCUGAUGAUAAACGACACGGCGGCUGUGGCCUAUGAUGCUGAUGAAAACGAAUGCUUCCUUGCAGCCAUCGCAGAGCAGAUACCUCGAAAUCAUGUUAGCAUUACGUCGAAGAAGAACCUGCUCUAUGUUUUGGGAGGACUGUUUGUUGAUGAAGACAAGGAAUCACCACUGCAGUGCUAUUUCUACCAGCUGGACACUCAUUCUCCAAACUGGAUAGCCCUGCCACCGAUGCCAUCACCCAGAUGUCUGUUUGCAGUGGGGGAGUUUGAAAACCUCUUGUUUGCAGUUGCUGGUAAAGACCUGCAGAGCAAUGAGUCUCUGGACUCAGUGCUGUGUUAUGAUGUCGAUAAGAUGAAGUGGCAGGAGACCAAAAAGCUGCCCUUAAGAAUUCACGGUCACAGUGUGAUCUCACAAAACGGACUAGUUUACUGCAUAGGAGGAAAGACGGAUGAGAAUAAAACCAUCAACAAGAUGUUUGCGUACAACCACAAGAAGUCCGAAUGGAAAGAGCUGGCGGCCAUGAAGACACCCAGGUCCAUGUUUGGAGCUGUAGUCCACAAAGGAAAGAUCAUUGUGGUUGGAGGGGUCAAUGAAGAUGGCCUUUUAUCCUCUAGUGAAGCCUAUGACUUUGGGACAAACAAAUGGGAGCUGUUCCCUGAGUUUGUGCAGGAGAGAAGUUCUAUGAAUUUGGUCAGUGCUGCUGGUGUCCUGUAUGCUGUUGGCGGCUUCGCAGUGCAGGAGAACGAGGACAAACAGUGUGUCCCAUCAGAAAUCACUGACAUCUGGCAGUAUGAGGAGGACAAGAAACAGUGGACUGGAAUGAUACGAGAGAUGCGAUAUGCUGCCGGCGCCUCCUGCGUUUCUAUGAGAUUAAAUGCAGCAAAGAUGCCUAAACUUUAAAAACAUUAUCAUCACUUUUUAUAGUUUGUGUCCAAUAACAAAGUGUAACUAUAUUUUAAAUUACAAAUUAUUCAUCCAUCUUCUUUAAUGAAGUAAAAUGCAUAGAGAAUGAUGUCUCGUUGACUUUAAGAGUAAAAAUGACCACAGAUUUAUAUUUCAUGUCAGGUUCUGUAGUGAAAUGUGGUGCAGUUGAGGAAAACAUUUCUACAAUGGAUGCCAUAAUUAAACUGACUUUUUUUUGUUAUCC